AUGGCUUCACAGGAAUUAGCUAUUAGACGUCAAGAAAUUAUUCGAAAUCUUGCAAGUAUUAGACAACGUAUCGAAGCAAUAGUUGAAGGAAAACGUGAGGCACGAUUAGUUGCGAUUAGUAAAUUAAAACCAGUAUCCGAUAUCCGUAUAGCUUAUGAAAAUGGACAACGACAUUUCGGUGAAAAUUAUGCGCAAGAAUUAGUUGAAAAGAGCAAAGAGCUUCCUUUAGACAUUCAAUGGCAUUUUGUUGGCCCAUUGCAAAGUAACAAAUGUAAAAUGCUUGCAGCUAUUCCAAAUUUAUGGGUAGUAGAAACGAUAGAUAGUCAAAGUAAAGCAGAUUUGAUGAAUAAAGCCUGUGCAUUACGAGAAUCUCCGCUUCGAGUAUUUGUCCAAGUCAAUACUAGUAAAGAAGAAUCCAAAAGUGGUGUGCCACCAGAAGAAUGUAUAACAGUAUUGAAUCAUGUUCAGGAUAAUUGUCCAAAACUACAACUUGCAGGAUUAAUGACAAUUGGUGCACUAAACCGUAAUCCUAAAGAACCAAAUCCAGAUUUUAUCACAUUAAAAAAUUUGCAAACUCGAUUUCAAGAAACAAGUGGAAUAGAUUUAGAGUUAAGUAUGGGCAUGUCUGAUGAUUUUGAAGAAGCAUUAAAAUUAGGUGCUACUAAUGUAAGAGUUGGAUCUGCAAUUUUUG